AUGGGAAAAGAACACAAAAAGCACAAAAAACACAAACAUUCAAAGAGCAAACACAAACCCAAAGACGAUCACGAAUAUCACGUUCCGAUCGUUCCGCUCAAGAGCGACGUGCGUCCAAAAUCGGUGUCUGUGGCAACGCCGACCGCGGGUGAAACGAGAGACGCAGUGGCCAAACCCAUCGGGCCAGUUCUGCCGCCCGGCCUGUCCAGCUCCGACCGUGGUAAACACGAGGCCACUAUACCAGGACCAGAGGCCGGUGAACUCAACCACUCGUACGGACCUAGCUUACCACCACACCUGGUUCCGCAGAAACGCGCUCCAGGACCGUCGUUGCCCUUGGAUUUCAAAAUAGAAGAUACAGUAGUCGCCCAGAUUGAUGAAGACAUCUCGGGUUUCGGUCCAUUACCGGCCGAGCUGAUAACUUCAGACUCCGAGCAACUAUUCAUACAGAAACAAUUGGAACUGCGAGCCGAAUAUAUGAAACGAAAAUUUGCCGGAGAAGUAUAUGACGACAACAAACAGGAAACGGUUCGAGAGAAAUGGAUGUUGGAGCUGCCGCCAGAAAAAGCUGCCAACCUAGGUUUAGGGGCAAGGCAGUUCAGGAAGCGAGAGGCUCCCGACAUGAGUAACCGAUCAGAAUGGACUGAUACGCCGACAGAUAAACAACGUAAAGUUCAAGAACCAAAAACUGCUGAAGAAACGGACAUGGAAGCAUUGAAACUGAUUUCAAUUCAAAAACGCGAUGAGGAAAUGGAAAAACUGGCAGAAACCUCAGUAAAACGGAAACCUUAUUCAUUAUUAGAAAUGCACCAAGAAAAACUAAAAAAACAAAAAAAGGAAAAGAUUAAAGAAGAACCUGCAGAAAGAAGACCUUUUAGUAGGGAUAUUGAUCUGCAAUGUAACAAAUUCGAUAACGCUCAAAAACAAUCAAUAUUGAAAAAAGCCAGUCAGCUGAAUAAUAGAUUUUCACAAGGCGAAUCUAGAUUUCUCUGA